GAGAGUGAAUAUGAAGUGCAAUGGUGGAGAGUUUUGGAGAUGUAUGUUUGUGAUGAUCCUCGUUAAUUUGGCUUUGGCCGCCAUGAACAUACUUCUCAAGGUGGUGCUUGAUGCUGGAAUCCAACAUAUGGUUAUUGUCACAUAUCGACUGAUAAUUGCUACUGUGUUCUUGACGCCCAUUGCUUACUUUCUCCAAAGGACAAGUAGACAUAAACUUACAGCCAUUAUCUUGUGUCAACUUUUCUUUAGUGCUUUAGUUGGGACAACUCUCACUCAAUACUUCUUCCUCCUUGGACUUGACUAUACAUCAGCUACAUUCGCUUGUGCAUUCAUUAACUUGGUGCCUGCAAUGACAUUCCUCUCCGCCUUACCAUUCAAGCUCGAAAAAGUUGAUAUAAGAAACAAGAGUGGGAGGGCAAAGGUGCUAGGGACAUUGAUUUGCAUUUGUGGAGCUUUGGUCCUGAUCCUCUACAGAGGAAUGCCAUUAACAACAGGUUACCAUAAUUUGCAAGAAAACUUUGACAACUCAAUCAGCCAUUCUAAAAAGAAGGUUAAAGAUAGGUCGGCUUUGGGUUCGAUUUUGUUGAUCAUAGGCUGCAGUUUGUGGGGUUUUUGGUUUAUUAUUCAAGCAAGGAUUGGAAAAAAAUACCCAUGUCAGUACUCAAGCACAGCUGUUCUCUCAUUUUUUGGUGCUAUCCAAUCUGGAAUUUUGAGUUUGAGCCAAGACAGGAGUAUUAGCAUGUGGGUAUUGAAGGGAAAAUUUCAGAUCCUUACUGUUAUAUAUGCUGGAGCAGUUGGAUCAGGACUAUCAUAUGUAGGACUCUCAUGGUGUGUAAAGAAGAAGGGUCCGGUUUUCACUUCUGCGUUCACUCCUUUAAUACAAAUAUUCGCAGCAAUACUCGACUUCUCUUUUUUACAUGAGCAAAUUUACUUUGGAAGUGUUUUGGGAUCAAUGGUGGUGAUAAUUGGUUUGUAUAUGGUGCUGUGGGGUAAAAGCAAAGACGCUGAGGAAUGUGUAAAGAAACAAACCCGAGUAAUCGAAGAAGAAGACUGCAACUGUGUAAUCUCCCAAGUUAUAUCAGUCAAUGUGAAUUCAGCAGCAAUGGAUGAUUAAAUUCCUCAACAGUGAUGGUGAAAAUAGUGUGUAACGAACACAUAUUCGGACAACAUAAUAAGCUUUUGUAAUGCAAGGAAAAAUGAGUAA